AUGAUGAAGGUGAGCUGGAAUUUGCACGUCGCCAAGACUGGGAUCAGUGCCAUGCCCUUGAAGGUCGACCCAAAGGUCGUGCCCGUUAUUUACGAUGGACCAAAGGCAGAGGGCGGGGAGGUCAAAAGGGAGGUGGGCGCUAUUUUGGAAGAAUACAUGCUGGCUUUGGAGGUCGGGCCUUCGACCCUCCUCCCCGACGAGCGGGGACUUUACAUCCGUCUCAUCGGCAAGGACGUGGAGGAGGCCACCGUGGAAUGGGGCUCCAUCUUGUGCGGAUAUGGAGAAGGGAGCAUGGAGCCGUCGCCUGGUGAAGGAGACAAGAGCGUCCUUUUCUCCCUUCCCUCCGCCGAAGCCGCCGUGUUUUAUAACAAGGAGCUCGUGCCCAUCUUCGAGGUGCUCGCGGACCUCCCGGACGGGACGGGUCUCCAAGGCUAUUUCGUGCCCAAAGCGGGCCUUCCUGCCAAAGCGGCCUUUAUCGGGCUUUUCGCCAACGACCUCGCCAUCGGAGGUCCAUCGGCCCCUGCAACCAAGGAGGAAUACGAAGAAGCCUCAGAUCAGAAGAAUAUCGCGGCCUUGGCGCUCGGUUACUUUCAAAAACAAGGAGCCGAUGGAGGUAGGGUUGAGGUACGGUUGGCGCUUUUGGGAGGGCAUGGAGGAGAAAUCCAAAAACUGAAUCAAUGACUAAGGGGGAAAUCC